GAGAUUCAGACAGAAGUGCCAGCGGCAAAGUGAUAACGGGAGACACGACUUUGCACUACGCCUGCUUCCCCGCGAAAUGUGCUCUACCAAUUAUUGCCUGGCUGUUUUUGUACUAGUUGGCGUUGUGGCGGCACAAAACCCAAGUUUAACGGCAUGCGAUAUCAAUAACCAGCUAAAUGUUUGUCAGAGUCAGUUCAAUCAACUUUUGGGAUUUGAUGCUUCUCUCGGUGCUGCCAAAUAUCAAGACUUGAGAAGUGCCAUUGAGCAGUCGUAUGCCAAUAACCAAGCAUACGGGCUUCUUACAACUUGCGAUGCCUUCAAGCAGUACAAGCAGUGCUACCAACCAAAAGAACAGUUCUACGCAUGUGCUCAGAACCCAUACGGUCUUCUAACUGGAACCAACAACAACGGCGCCCCACUCACACAGGAUCAGGCUAAUGGAUACGUAAAAAUCUGGAACCAACUUGAUUUUGUCUGUGGUGCUGGAUUCUCGAUCUUUGCCAACUCUGAAGUUUGCGGCUCUUCUGUCUUUAACAACCAGACAGCUGCAAUGAGACAGUGCGACAAUGACUUCAACGUGAAGUCCAUGGCUGACCCAGCUCAAGCUUGCGCAUACGUUGAGAUCGCAGCCAACUGCUACUUCCAACUGUUCUGGAACGCUUGUAAGAAGCCAGAGAUGGCCUACUGGGGUUGCAACUACGAGCGUACCGGUACCAAUCUUCUCUUCCCACAGUGCUCUCAGAUUUUCUGCACAUUCCACGAACGCGUCUGAUCGUCUUUUGUUUAAUCAUCUCCAUUUUUUGUUUUGGUCAAAAUGUUUUAUUUGAAUUCACAUUUUUGGGAAUAAAUCUAUGUAAUUUAAUUCAUAAUUUU